CGUUAUUUCUCUUUUGUCACCCAUAGAGACAAAUUCCAAUUUUCUCUUUGAGAAAAGUGUCAUUUGUGAAGAAAGAAAAAUACUUGACUUGAAGAAAGAUGAAGAAUUUGUUAAUGGGUCACACAAAAUUUCUUAAUCUCUUCAAAUUUUCAUCUUUCCCUUCAACUUCUCGUUUCAACAACUUCACUUCCACUAGUUUGAAACUGAAAGUUAAAAUCUUGAAACUUUCACAAUCAAAACGUGGUUUCAUUUUUCAACAACCUCUUAAUCUUACUUCUAACUACCUCCGUAAUUUCCGCUAUUCUGGCAUUGGAUGCAUCUUAGGCGUGUCGGUUGCAACUGCAUCAACUAUAGCUUAUGCCACGAAUGCUGAAGAUGCUUUGGUGGAUGAUCAUCGUCGUAGCGAUUCAUUAAACUUGGACUACCCAUUGACGACAUUACUUGUAAAAAUUUGGCUGGAAAGAUACAUGGAAUAUCUCUGGAAAUUGGUUAGGAGAUUUUGGCUGCCAAUUUUUUUCGUUGCGACAGUGCUUACAAACUUGGAUUACCCAUUUACAAUAUUAUUCAUCAAACUUACCUUAUUCCUUCUCAGCACAAAUCCCAAUCCAUUUUCUGUCUAUGUUUUUGUUGAUCAGUUGUGCCGACAAUCUAUAUGCAAAGAUACCAAGUUUUUUGACAGAAAGUCAUUUUAUGCCAGCAAAGUUGAAGUACAGGACUAUAAGCUUCUUUGCCUGGCUGAUGUUGAAGUAAGAGAUCACAAGUUCACCUUGGUUGGAAUUCUUGGUACAUGGUGGACUCUACCACAUUAACCAUCUUAGGAGGCAAGUUUUAGUGGUUAGUUUGUUAGGGGAGAGGGGAUUUAUGGUAGUAGAAUCGAACUCUAAACUACACCUUUAUAGACUUUUUUUUUCUUGUUUCUUUAAAAGGGCUUGUCUUUUUCAAGUCUUCUAGUGUGAUUAACAAGCUCAUGUUUAUAAUUUUAGAUAGUGGAAUGGUGAACCCAUUUGGGAACUUUGCUGUAAAUAAAAAUAUUAUAUUUCAUCAGAGCUCAAGUGGUUAAUUAGACUUUACUUGGAAAUACAAAUCCUAACAAUGUUCAUAAUAAAA